UCCUAGUGAAACCAAAUCAACCAACAUAUUAAUUUGGUUGUGUUAACAUUCGAAGGUCGCAAAUAUUUGGAUAUUACCAUCUGUAGCUAAUUUUUGGUAAAUUGGAGGGAAAUGUCAUAAUUUAUAGGUUAAGUUAUGUGAGGGAUUCCUUGUUUGGGCGGGUAAUUUUUAUAAGUUUUCAAUGAAUUCCAGGAAAAAAAUUUAAAAAGAAAGUACAAUUUAUAUAAAAAUGGCCAAAGCCAAAGUCAGCGCAGAUUGGAAAAAGCGGGUGAAGCAGGAAUAUAUGCGUUUGAGACAGCAAAAACGAUAUAAGAGAGCUGAUGAUGUGAAAUUGGCUUGGAAUCAAAACCGCAACAAAAUGACUGAAACCUUGAUUGCGGAACAGAAAAGAUGGACUGAAAGCAAAGCCUUUUGGGUACCAACCCCAGAAUUACCUGCCCAUGUGACCUGCAUGAAAAAAGCUGAGGUUAUAGGAAAUGAAGGGGAUAUUCAGGUGGCAGCGAUUAAAAUUAUAAAUGCCGUGACCCCCAUACCAACCAUGUAUACUUGGGCACCAAUUCAACAAAAUUUCAUGGUCGAAGAUGAAACUGUUUUACAUAAUAUUCCUUAUAUGGGAGAUGAAAUUUUAGAUCAGGAUGGUACAUUCAUCGAAGAACUUAUCAAGAACUAUGAUGGCAAAGUUCACGGAGACCGCGAAUCUGGUUUCAUUGACGAUGAACUAUUUGUUGAAUUGGUUCAUGCUUUAAUGCAAUAUCAGGAGAAGGACAAGCCCGAAAAAAGAAAGGAUGACAAGGACAAGAAGGAUGAUAAGGAGAAGAAAGAAAAAGAAGUGGAGGAAGAUGACAAAGAGAAGAAAAAAGAAGAGCUAGAGUUCCCAGCUUUUGUAAUUUUUCAGGCCAUUUCGCUGCAGUUUCCUGACAAGGGAGGCCCAGAAGAGUUAAGAGAUAAGUACGUUGAAUUAACAGAAAGGACUGAUCCUAAUGCUCCACCUGAAUGUACUCCUAACAUAGAUGGGCCUAAUGCAGCUUCCGUACCUAGAGAACAGACUAUGCAUUCGUUCCACACUCUGUUUUGUAGACGUUGCUUCAAGUACGAUUGUUUCUUGCACAGGCUUCAAGCUUGCCACCCAGGCCCCAAUCUGCAGAAGAGGAGAGGCCCAGAUCUGAAACCUUUUACAGAACCCUGCGGAUCAGACUGCUAUAUGCUUUUGGAUGUGGUGAAGGAGAAAAUGGCUGCCAAAGCCAAACAGGAAGAGGAAUGUGAGAAGGAGAAGGAAAUAAAGGUGAAGAGUACUAGAUCCAUUGGGGAGUCGUCCGAUCCCAAAGUAAACGGAGUGUCGAGUCUGAGGAAAAUUUGCAAACAGCAGAGUGUGGACUCUGGAAAUGAGGCCAGUUCGGAGGACAGUAACGAUAGUAACAAGUACAAAGAUACCGACGGGUCCGAUCCGGUAUCGACAACAACUUCCUUCAGCCUGUUGGGCCUGAUGGGAGCGAAUGAUCACAAUGAAUGGACCGGAUCGGACGAGAGCCUGUUCAGGGCCCUUCACAAGGUGUUCUUAAAUAAUUAUUGUGCUAUUGCGCAAAUUAUGCUAACCAAAACCUGCCAACAAAUAUAUUACUUUGCUCAAAAGGAAGCAGCAGACAUACCUGCUGAGGAGGCGGUGCGGGACUACACCCCUCCUAGGAAGAAGAAGAAGAAGCAUCGCCUUUGGUCCAUGCACUGCCGUAAGAUACAGUUGAAGAAGGAGUCGAAUAGUAACCACGUGUACAACUUUACGCCAUGUGAUCACCCCGGACAGAACUGUGAUCAUAAUUGUCCGUGCAUUGGCGCCCAGAACUUCUGCGAGAAGUUUUGCCAGUGCAGUUCAGACUGUCAAAAUAGAUUUCCGGGGUGCCGGUGUAAGGCGCAGUGCAACACGAAACAAUGCCCUUGUUAUUUGGCUGUCCGGGAGUGCGAUCCGGACCUUUGCCAAACUUGCGGCGCCGAUCAGUUCGAUAUCACAAAGAUAACGUGUAAAAAUGUCAGCGUUCAAAGGGGUUUACAUAAACAUCUGCUGAUGGCGCCCUCGGAUGUUGCCGGUUGGGGCAUUUUCUUGAAAGACAGCGCCCAGAAGAACGAGUUUAUUUCGGAAUAUUGCGGAGAGAUUAUUUCCCAAGACGAGGCCGACAGGAGGGGAAAAGUUUAUGACAAGUAUAUGUGUAGUUUCUUGUUUAAUCUCAAUAACGAUUUUGUCGUGGACGCCACUCGUAAGGGGAACAAAAUUCGUUUUGCCAACCAUUCCAUCAAUCCAAAUUGUUAUGCCAAAGUUAUGAUGGUGAAUGGGGAUCAUAGAAUUGGGAUAUUCGCCAAGAGGCCUAUACAGCCUGGUGAAGAAUUAUUCUUUGAUUACAGAUAUGGACCUACAGAACAACUGAAGUUUGUAGGAAUUGAAAGAGAAAUGGAAUUUUUGUAAGACUUUUUUUUAUACACUGCUUUUAUUUUAAUUAUUUUAUAUUUUAACACUGAUUUGUGUUCUUUUUGUGUAUACAUAAUUGAAACAUUUUAUUAUAUAUUUUGUUUUAUUUAUUUCCUU